AUGGCGGAGCUGAGCGGCGGCGGCGGCGGCCCGGGCCCCGGCGGGGAGGGCGAGGCGGAGCUGGGCGGCUCCGGGCCCGGGGGGCUCCUCAUCCGGGUCACGGUGAAGACCCCGAAGGACAAGGAGGAGAUCGUCAUCGGGGACGGCGCCUCCGUGCGGGAGUUCAAAGAAGAGAUUUCCAGGCGGUUUAAAGCCAAACAGGAUCAGCUGGUUCUGAUCUUUGCUGGAAAGAUACUGAAGGAUGGAGACACUUUGAAUCAACAUGGGAUCAAAGACGGGCUGACUGUGCAUUUGGUCAUUAAGACCCCACAGAAGGUUCAAGAUCCUGCAGCUGCGUCUACCCCUGCCCCCGCUGCUCCUGCUGCCACCGCCGUCCCCACUACAACCCCUUCCUCUCCCGCUGCGCCACCUCAGCCUUCCACCUCCAGCAGCGCCCUCUCUGACGCUGGGAGCAGCAGCAGGCGGAGCAGCGGAGCAGGGACCACGGCAGGUGCUGGAGAUGGAGCACCCAGCAAUGCGGCAUCCAUCCUCUCUGGCUUUGGUGGCGUCACCGGGCUCGGCAGCCUCGGGAUGGGCUCCGCCAAUUUCAUGGAGCUCCAGCAGCAGAUGCAACGGCAGCUGAUGUCCAACCCGGAGAUGCUCUCGCAGAUUAUGGAGAACCCCCUCGUGCAGAACAUGAUGUCCAACCCCGACCUCAUGAGACAGAUGAUCAUGGCCAAUCCCCAAAUGCAGCAACUGAUGGAACGAAACCCUGAGAUAAGCCACAUGCUGAACAACCCCGAGCUCAUGAGACAGACGAUGGAAUUGGCCCGCAACCCCGCCAUGAUGCAGGAGAUGAUGCGGAACCAGGACCGAGCUUUGAGUAACCUAGAGAGCAUCCCAGGAGGAUACAACGCCCUGCGCCGGAUGUACACCGACAUCCAGGAGCCCAUGUUUAGCGCAGCUAGGGAGCAGUUUGGCAACAAUCCUUUCUCAUCCUUGGCUGGGAACUCCGACAGCUCGAGCUCCCAGCCUUUACGGACGGAAAAUAGAGAGCCUUUACCCAACCCCUGGAGCCCCACGCCGCCCACCUCCCAAGCCCAGGUACCCAGCAGCGAAGGGAGUACCGGAUCAACGACAACCCAGAGCACACCCACUGUAUCCAAUCCCUUUGGGAUCAGCGCUGCCAACCUGGGGACCGGGAUGUUUAACAGCCCAGAGAUGCAAGGUCUCCUGCAGCAGAUUUCGGAGAACCCCCAGCUGAUGCAGAACAUGAUCUCUGCCCCUUACAUGCGCAGUAUGAUGCAGACUCUCUCCCAGAACCCAGACUUCGCAGCACAGAUGAUGGUAAACGUCCCGCUCUUUGCCGGGAACCCGCAGCUUCAGGAGCAGCUACGGCUUCAGCUCCCCGUCUUUCUGCAGCAGAUGCAGAACCCAGAUUCCCUCUCGAUCCUGACGAACCCCCGAGCCAUGCAGGCUCUUCUCCAGAUUCAGCAGGGACUCCAGACGCUGCAAACGGAGGCCCCGGGACUAGUGCCAAGCCUCGGUUCCUUUGGAAUGCCUCGAAUCCCCCCACCCUCCACAGGAGGAAGCACAAUCCCAGAGAACCCUGUAUCCUCCACUUCGACGCCUGCCAGUGCCUCUCCAGCAGGGGGCAGUAACCCCCAACAGCAGCUCAUGCAGCAGAUGAUCCAGCUCUUGGCCGGAGGAAACUCUCAAGUGCAGAGCCCCGAAGUGCGAUUCCAACAGCAGCUGGAGCAGCUGAACGCUAUGGGCUUCAUUAACCGCGAGGCUAACCUCCAAGCGCUCAUCGCCACCGGUGGAGACAUCAACGCAGCUAUUGAGAGACUGCUGGGUUCCCAGCCUUCUUAAACUCAAUCAUGCUGUCCCACAGUCAUCAAACACACCCACACACACACAGGGGCCUUUCAGGAAGACCCACCAUCAUUUUCAUAUCCUCUGACAGCUGUCCAUGUAUUUAAAACAAACAAAAAAAGAUACAGCUUCACCCCGACAUUCCUACUAAGUUAAGAUUUCAUGUUGAAAUGCUCUUUAACUGGCUUGUGUGUGGAUCUCGAUUCUCAGCAAGUGGCCACAGAGACUUCAGAUGUGUAUUUUUCCUAAAUAUGCCCUCUGUAUCUCAGACACUCUUCCCUCUCUAGAUGGUAGAGACGAUACUUCUAGUUACUUACCUGAAUGAUUGUGUUUGAGUAGCUUGAUUUUAACUGUACGUUAUUCCUCCCCAUUCCUCCUUCCAGGCAAAUAUUUAAACCUAGGCUGAGUUUUUCUCCCCAGCAUCUUAUCAGGAAUGGAUCAAAAGAGGGACUGAAAUGACUUGGAUGUUUCUGAUGUCAUUUGUCUUCAAAUACUCCCAUCAGACGCACUGGGCGUGAUUUUCAUUUACUCCACUAUGGAAGUGUGUAAAGGGGGACUUAACAUUGGGUGUAAAUUACAUUUGCUUUGAGCCCCCUCCCCCCACCCCCCCCAUGCUGCCAGAGUGGUGUAGAUGUGCCUUGAUGUGAUUGAGAAUCAGGCCCCUCCUCGUAUUUUAUUUUAUUUUAUUUUAUUAUUUUCAACCCAAAUUUUGGAAGAAGUGUCCCCUGCCAAGGGGAACUUUCGAGAAGCAGUUUUCUGCCCAAACACUACAGUUCUCUCGCACUGUGGCGUUACGGGGUGGUGGCUCUUGUGUCUCUGCUGUCUGGUUUUUGAAAGUGUAAAAGCAAAAUGGGGAGGGGGGAAAUUAACAAAGAUCUUUCUCUCCACUGGAAAAUGUUGAAAGUCCUCGUUCUUCUGUGUUUGUACGUCUGCUCUCCAAUUCCGGGGUGCUCAAACCUCACAAUGAGUCCACCCUCCCUGAGGACCAGCGGGGUAGCUUCCCAGGAGCCAAUACAGCUACGUCAUUUGCA